AUGCCAGUUUGCGUUUAUGAGGGAUGUUUCAGUGGAAGUAAGAGAAAAGAUAAAGUCAGGGACCCGAAUAUCCAUCUGCAUAAAUUUCCAAAAGACCCUGAAUUUAGACAAAUAUGGAUUAAACAAAUUGUAAGACAAUAAAAAUGAUGGUAAUAAUAUAAAUUGUGAAAUAGGUUAAUACUAUUAUUGAAAUUGCAUUAUUCAUUAAAUUUGAUAAAACAAAUUGUAUUCACAUAAAAUAUACCGACAUCCGAGCACUAAGUAUUCCAGUUUGCCAAUAUAUACUUCAUUAUUUCUAGGUGUUGUGUGUUCACUACAUUUUUUAGCACGAUGCAAUGCAGAAAAAUCAUAUAUACAAGUUACAUCAUACUCCUCAAAAUGUUUACAAAGAUUAA